AUGGCCAUACAAUUCAACUCUCUCCUCCUCACAAGUCUUUCUUUCCUAGUUAUUGCUUCUACUUACUUUCAUGUUUCCUCGGCAGGGAGUGUCUUGAAACAUAAUUUCCUUGAUGAUGAGCAACCCAUAAACCCAAAUGAUCCUAAUGUUGUGGGAAUUGCAAAAUUUGCUGUAGAUGAGCACAACAAGGAGGCUAAAAGCAACUUUGAACUUGUAAAUGUGUUGGCAGGAGGAACUGAUUCAGUUACUGGUGGUGUUGUUUAUCAGCUGCAUAUCACUGCCACUGAGUCCGACGUUACCACUACUCGUCUUGUGGCUGUUUUGGUGCAUUCAGACAAUUCCAAACAACUUCUUUCUUUUCAGUGA